AUGCCGUCCACGUCGGUGAUAGCUCGAAGAAAAGAGCGGAACGCAGUACUUUUCAACCCAAUGGAACUCCUCAAGCCACCGGAGCCGCUGCUUCUAUCCGGGAACGUUCCAAAAAACUGGGAGCUGUUUCGACAAAUGUUCGAGCUGUUCCUGAAGGCAACGGCUUUACCAAAAGAACCAAGGUCUGAAGACGUCAAGACCGCGCUGCUGCUGAGUGCUGCUGGGGACAACGUCUUGGAAAUAUUCAAAAAUUUUCGUUUCGCCGAGGAUGAAGUCCAGGAUGACUACGGAACGGUGGCGACCAAGUUUGAGGAGUACUGUCGCGAACAGCAGAAUGAGGUCUAUGAAAGGUACAUAUUCCGGACACGAAUGCGAGUGGAGGCAGAGCCCUUCGAACAUUUCUUGCGUGACUUGCGGAAACAAGCAGGCUGCUGCAACUUUGCGCAGUUAACCGACUCGGUUAUCAGGGAUCAGGUUGUGUUCGGAACAAAUAAUCCGAAGUUCCGGGAAAAAAUGCUCAAGGAAAAGGACCUCACGCUGCUCAGGGCCGAACAGAUCUGCAAAGCAGCGGAAGUAUCGGCUCUGCAGAGCGAGGUGUUUGCGCAGGGGGAAAAGCUCGUGGCGCCCGUGAAAAAGAGGCAGCCAUACAAGUGUGGCAAAUGCAACCGCCAGCAUGAGCGUGGGAGAUGUCCGGCAUUUGGAAAAUCGUGUUUUAUGUGCAGAGGCACUAAUCAC